UGCGAUGGUGGAAACACAAUAAUAGUAUAAGUGUGAAAGAAAAUGGCAGUAUGUGUUGCUGUUAUUGCGAAAGAAAAUCAUCCACUGUUUUUGCGAACAAUGUCACCCGAAGAUGAGCUCAAAUUUCACUACACUGUCCAUACUUCUCUUGAUGUUGUCGAGGAAAAAGUGACAUCAUUGACAAAGAGCUCAAAUGAUCCAAGAGAACUCUACCUUGGUCUUCUUUAUCCUACCGAAGAUUAUAAAGUUUAUGGCUAUGUAACAAAUACGAAGAUCAAAUUUGUCGUUGUUGUGGAAUCAGCUAACAGUCAACUCAGAGACAAUGAAAUACGAAGUAUGUUCCAACGACUUCAUGUGGCAUAUACCAACAUGUUUUGCAAUCCAUUUUACACCCCUGGUGAAAACAUAACAUCGAGGAAAUUUGAGACAGUGGUUGAAGAAAUGAUGAAACAAGAUUAAUUAGUCAUUAGUGGGAAAAUGUGCAAUGUUCACUUUGCUUCUUUCACUCCUCAUGCAAAAAACAGUCAAGUGAUCUGAUUUGAUAAUUUAUUUAAUAAGAUAAAAAUCCACAAAUAACAAUAAGAUAUUACAUAUUACAUGAGUAUCCAUUUGUAUCUAUGUGUAUCAUUAUCCAUGGUGUUUGUUUCAUGUUAUCUUAAAUUUUGUGUUGAUGCUGAAUGUAAUAAAGUGGAAAAUACCUCAAAA